GCAACAAUUCAAAAUAAUAACAAAUAUACAUUCGCCCCUGGCGAAAACCAUAUCGCACUACAGACAUCUACCCAGACAUACUACGUCCCUGAAGUAUUCCAUCUUGCACCAACCUCCAUAUCGGUACCACCGCUUUUCAUCCAUGAUAUUACGACCUCUCCACCAUUAUCGCAAAUAUACUUCCGGAAUGCCUCUUAUUUGAACGUGAUUAUCAUAAACAACUUCCCCAUAAGUAAGCUACGAAUAGCAGGGAGGAUAAUCGGGGAAGUGUAUCGAUCAAGUAGGGCCGACCCCAGCUAUGAUUUCAUCUUGUUGCGCGUAGAUGAUUGUUCGGGUGACGGGAUAUGGUGCAAGGUGCCAAUAUUGGAGUAUUCGCGUUCGGGAUUGAGGUUUGACCUGAAUUAUGGGAAACUUAUCGAAAUUACAGGGAAAGUGUCUACUUGGGCUAACAAGCGAGAAGUCCAUGCAGAGACCGUGAAUAUUAUUGGAGGGAAUACCGACAUUUCGGCAGAAAUAGACUGUUGGAAAGAGCGAAUGGAAUAUAGAAAAGAGAUACUUGAACCCGGAUGGGUUUUCAUUCCAGAGGCAACAUCGCAGGGUGAUGUUGUGGUGAGGUUUGAUACCCAGGAAACUAAUAAACGACAAUCUCGAGCUGAGCUUCUAUUAAGUGAUGAAAUACAGGAGAAUACUGGAAAAACAUCUUCUGAUAGUAUGAAUUUGUACCAAAAUGAAGAUACCUGUAUGAUGAUUGUGGAUAAUGAAACACAGAUUAAAAUUUUUACUAAUCUUCAACUUGCCAUUGAAAUGAUUAAAUGGAUAAUAGCAAACAAUUUUGUUGAAUUCAAAUUAGCCACGCUAUUCUACGAUCAAAACAUCGCCAAUCUUUUAGAUAUCCUCACUAGGAACCAACUAGCCGCGAUUGAGAUCCCCAACCAUGAAAAUCUCACAUUCAAGCAAGCCAGAAAAGUCGUGUUUCAAAGAAUACGACAUGAUUUGCAGAUAAAUAUGAAUCUAAUAUCCGUGACAAAGUCCCAAAAGGUCUACCUGAAUAAUUUACAAAAACUAUACACCCAUUUAAAGACAUGUCUACUGAGAAUACGACAAAGAGGAGUCAGCAACGAAGUUCUUGAUGUGGUGUACUAUUUGUCAGUGGUUAAACAUCGCAAAGUUAUUGGUGAUGGUCUAGGAUAUAAAAUAGUUAAUGCAAUCAUCGACUAUAUUAUUGUCGAUGAUUUGCAUGACCGGGAUAGUUGGCAUUACGAUCCCCGGAAUAUUCAAUGGAGUUAUAUAGGAGAUUUAUAG